GGCUAAAGUACCAAUGCCCGUUGGAGACGUUGCUGCGAAUGCUGCCAACAUGCUUCAAGCCGGGUUCGAGACCGUCGGCGUCACGCUGUCCCACUGCCUGUUCUGCGUAGCCAAAUUUCAAGACGUGCAGGACAAGAUCAGGGCUGAGACCGAGGCCGUCCUCGCGAAGCACGGGGAGUUCACCUACGACGCCAUAUCCGAGCUGCACUACACUGCGCAGACAAUACUGGAAACGCUGCGAAUGUACACUCCUGUGAUCGCGUUUACGACCAGGCUCGCGUCCUCCGAUUACCGCUACGAAGGUGUGCUUCUGCGCAAAGGUGUGAGCGUCAUGCCCUGCAGUCAUCAAGUGCACCACGACACCAACUUAUGGGAGCGGCCGGAUCAAUUCGACCCAGACAGGUUCUCUCCCGAACAGAGGGCUUCCAGGGACCCGAUUUCCUUCCAGGCGUACGGCAUAGGACCUCGUAACUGCGUCGGCAUGAAGCUGGCGCAGCUGGAAAUGACACUAGUCGUUGCGAAGCUGGUGCACCGAUUUAGACUACACCUUGGCCCGAAACACGAGAACGGUGAACUAAAACGGCACACGUAUUCCUUUAUCGCCUGUCCAGCCGAUGGAGUCUGGAUUCACCUAGAAAAACUGAAGGACGGAUUGUAAGUUUGCAACAAACAUCUGCAAACAAGACCAGCCA